AUGUCUCGUGUUAUUGUCAAAGGAUUGCCCACCUAUUAUACGGAAGAAAAACUAAGAGACCAUUUUUCAAAGAAAGGGUACGUUACUGAUGUCAAGUUAAAACGUAAAAAUAAUGGUGAAUCUAGAAGGUUUGCGUUCAUUGGUUAUAAGGAUAUUGCAGACGCAGAGAAUGCUGUUAAGUUCUUUAAUGGUUCGUUUAUAGACACUUCGAAAAUUAUAGUGGAGUUGGCUAAGUCGUUCAGCGAUCCUAACGUUCCUGUGUCUUGGAAAGAGAGGAGAAAGGAAAGAGAUGAAUUAUUACAAAGAACAGAAGAAAGAUUACAGCAGAUGGAAGAAGCUGCAAAUAGAAGAAAAGCAAAGAAACAGAAAAAGGUAAACCAUUUGAACGACAAAAUAGAAAACAAUUCAAACUUGAAAGAGUUUGUUGAAGCCAUGAAGCCAGCAGCUCAAUCUAGGUCAUGGGCGAACGAUGAAGUGGUGAAUACUGAAGGAGCACCAACAAAUGAAAAAUUGGAAGAAGCAUUAGGCCUGACAAAGAAUGGCAGUGAUGAUAGUGACGAUGAGUAUGAUGAUAACUUAGUUUCAGGCAAGACGAAAACAAAGGACGAUAAUGUAAACGAAAAUAGUGAAGAGAAGAUGAUUUCGUUAAAUGAUAUGGUUUCUGACGAGAAGGAUGAUGAAACUAAUGAGCCAAAUGGCAAAGAUGAAAACAUGGAUGACCUUGAUUGGUUCAAAAGUAAAAGAAAGCGAAUCAUUGAUACCCAAGAAGGAGAUGAAGCAAAGAAUGUUGAACCAUUGAAUGUAAGCCAGUCACAAACUCCCUCUGGAAUAGAAAAUGGGAAGACUGAAGUUGAAGCAGUGGCUUCUGGUGAAGACGAAGAGGAGGAAGACGAAGAAAAGGAAGAAACUGUGAGAGAGCUUUCAUUGGAAGAGAGAAACAUCGAUAGAAUUCUGGUUACUGGUAGAUUAUUUUUGCGUAAUAUCCUAUACUCUUCAACAGAAGACGAUUUUCGAAAAUUGUUUGAACCGUUUGGUGCUCUCAAAGAGGUGCAUGUUGCUAUUGACACGAGAACGGGAAAGUCUAAGGGUUUUGCCUAUAUUCAAUUUGAAACUGCCAAAGAUGCUGUGAAGGCUUAUAUAGAAUUAGACAAGCAAAUUUAUCAAGGUAGAUUGUUACAUAUUUUGCCUGGUGAAGUCAAGAAGGAGCACAAGUUAGACGAGUUUGAACUUAAGAACAUGCCUUUGAAAAAGCAGAAGCUUCUGAAGAGAAAAUUUGAAGCUUCAAAACAAGAAUUUAGCUGGAACUCGUUGUAUAUGAACACGGAUGCCGUUUUGGACAGCGUAGCAUCUGAAUUGGGUAUCUCCAAAAAUGAGUUGAUUGACCCCACAAACUCGAGUUCUGCAGUGAAGCAAGCCUUGGCGGAAGCCCAUGUUAUUGGUGACGUCCGUUCAUACUUUGAGAAGAAAAAUGUUGACUUGACUAAAUUCAGUGAAAAGGAGAGAGAUGACAAGGUGAUUUUGGUGAAAAAUUUCCAAUUCGGUACCACCAAAGAAGAGAUCGGUGAACUUUUUGCCGCAUAUGGAGAGCUCAACAGAAUACUUAUGCCGCCCGCUGGAACGAUAGCCAUUGUUGAAUUCAGAGAUGCUCCUAAUGCCAGAGCUGCAUUUAGCAAGUUGUCGUUUAGACGGUUGGGUAAAUCGAUUUUAUAUUUAGAAAAGGGUCCACAAGGUCUAUUCACCAAGCAAGCAGAUCAGUCAGACAAAUUUCAAGUUGAAGAGAAAACUACUGAAACCAAACCGAAUGCAAGUGAUGUCCUGGAGAGUACCAAGAAUGAAGAUGUUGAAAAUAACGAGGAUAGCGGAGAUGAAGAUACUGGUCCAACUGUGUCUAUUUUUGUUAAGAAUUUGAAUUUUUCUACAACCUCAGCUACAUUAUCCAACAUUUUCAAGGCAUACCCUGGUUUCCUUUUGGCUGUUGUCAAAACCAAACCAGACCCAAAGAACCCAGGCAAGACCCAAAGUAUGGGUUUUGGAUUUGCUGAGUUCAAAACCAAAGAGAAUGCAAAUGCUGCACUCAGAACUUUGGAUGGUUUCACAUUAGAUGGACACAAAUUACAGUUGAAAAUCUCGAAUAGAGUUGGUAAUACUAACGAGAUCUCCAACAGCAAGAAGAAGAAGGCUAAGAGUGGAAAGAUUGUCGUCAAGAACUUACCGUUUGAGGCCACCCGUAAGGAUGUGUUUGAGUUGUUCAGUUCUUUCGGUUCAUUGAAAUCCGUAAGGGUUCCUAAGAAGUUCGACAAAUCGGCUAGGGGUUUUGCGUUUGUUGAGUUUGCUACUGCCAAGGAGGCUAGCAAUGCUAUGGAUCAGUUGCAAGGUGUGCAUUUACUCGGAAGGAGAUUGGUAUUAGAUUUCGCAGAACAAGAAAGUGAUGAUGUGGAGGCCGAAAUCGAGAAAAUGACGAAAAAGACCAAGUCACAGGCCAAGAGUAGAGAACUGGCCGACUUAAGAGAAGGUAACUCAGGUAAAAGAAAGUUGGAAUUGGAGGAGGAAGACGAGUACUGA